GCGACGAAACCGAAACCGAAAAGAAAAAAAAAAAAAAAAAACCUACGCGACUUCGAGCCGAAAAUCGGUUUCAGUUUCGUUUUCUGUCCAUUACUUGUGCUGUGAGGGGGCGUGGCAGGCGGGAAGCGCUCUUGUGUAUUGCAGAUAAAUAUACAUAUACAUAUACAUAUAUGUACAUAUAUGUGCAUAUGUAUGCCUGUCCCAUCGAAGUGGCAUGUUUUGAAAUCUUGUUUCACAUUUGGAACGGAAAAAGUUUUUGCAAUCGGUUCGGCGAUCGAAAAUGUCCAGCAAAUAAAUAAUUUUUACGUGUUAAGCCGCAAAUCGCGAUCAUAAUUAAACAAUUAAUUGAGGGGCCAUAGCGUGAGAUAGGCCAGCGAUCCAAACCAGCUGGAAGCAAUGAGCAGCCCUUGGCUUGCACUCCACGUAGAGCUGGCGAAUUAGUGCUAUUUAGACUAUUUGCCGUAUUAGCAACUGAAAUCGCUGAGAUCGUAAUUGUUAUUAGCUGCUCGAGCUAAUCAGUGCCAAGGCAAAGGAGCCUCGUUGCAUAAGCUAACUGUGCUGAGUGCCGCGCUUAACCUCGAAAAUCAGUACGAGAAUCGCGAUUCACAAACACAAACAUACACACACACAUACAGAAAAAAGUGAAAAAAGAAAAAUAAUAUAGAAAGAAAAGAGAAAAAAAUAAAAAUAGUGUAUGAAAAGGCUCAUCAGCCCGCCAUAUGAACCGAAAUCUUUUGUAAUUCGCUCAAUUGGAUGCCAGGAGAUACAUUUGAAUCUUUUGUGAAUUUUCUUCCCAAUUUUUGAGCCGCAACAAUGGCUAAUUGGAAAUUUAGCCUCAUCACGCUGUUGGCGCUUAGCGGGCUCAGCUGCCUGGCCAGCGCCUAUCGAGUGGGCGUGGGACGCGCGGACAUCACCGGACCGCCGGUGGAAAUUAAUUUCAUGGGCUAUGCGAACAUCAAGCAGGUUGGACGGGGCCUGCACACACGCACCUUUGCUCGCGCCUUCGUCGUGGAGGACGAGAAGGGGAACCGCGUGGCCUUCGUCAGCGCCGACUGCGGCAUGAUGGGCUACGGGCUCAAGCGGGAGGUGGUGAAGCGGCUGCAGGCGCGCUACGGCAACAUUUACACCAUCGAGAACGUGGCCAUCAGUGGCACCCAUACUCAUGGUGCGCCGGGCGGCUUCCUGAUGCACUUGCUCUACGACAUUUCCAUUCUGGGCUUCGUGCCACAGACCUUUGAGGCGAUGGCCCAGGGGCUCUACCUGUGCAUCAAGCGCGCCACGGACAACCUGGUGGAUGGCCGCAUCUACUUCUCCAAGACCAUUGUGCUCAACGCGAACAUCAACCGAUCGCCGACAUCGUAUCUGCGCAAUCCGGCGGAGGAGCGCGCCCAGUACGAGCACGACACGGACAAGACGCUGGCGCAGCUGCGCUUCGUGGACAAGGACAACAAUCUGCUGGGCGCCUUCAACUGGUAUGCGGUGCACGCCACCUCGAUGAACAACACCAACAAGCUGGUGACCAGCGACAACAUGGGCUACGCGGCGCUGCUGCUGGAGAAGGAGUACAAUCCCAAUAAGAUGCCCGGCAAGGGCAAGUUUGUGGGCGCCUUCUGCUCCUCGAACCUGGGCGAUGUCUCGCCCAACAUCAUGGGACCGAAGUGCUCCCUGUCGGGCAACGAGUGCGACAUACUCACCUCGCACUGUCCCAAGGGCGAGGGCGAGUGCUUCGCCUCCGGCCCAGGGCGCGACAUGUUCGAGAGCACACAGAUCAUCGGCCAGCGGCUGGCCGAGGGCGCGCUGAGCCUGCUGAACGAGCAGAGCCAGGAGUCGACGGCACGUGAGGUCACCGGAGAUGUGCGCUUCAUCCAUCAGUUUGUCGAUAUGCCCAACUAUAAUGGCAGCACGUACAAUCCGCUCACACGCAAGCUGGACAAGAUCAGGGGCUGCCAGCCGGCUAUGGGCUACAGCUUUGCGGCCGGCACCACUGAUGGCCCCGGAGCCUUCAGCUUUGAGCAGGGCACCACCACCGACAACCCCAUGUGGAACUUUGUGCGCGACUUCAUAGUGCCGCCCACCCAGGAGGAUAUCAAGUGCCAUGAGCCAAAGCCCAUUCUCCUGGCCACGGGUCGAGCAACCUUCCCGUACGAGUGGCAGCCCAAAAUCGUAUCCAAUCAGAUCCUAAAGAUCGGCGAUGUCAUCAUUGCCGCCGUUCCAUGCGAGUUCACAACGAUGGCCGGGCGGCGCUUGCGGAACCAGAUUAGAGCGGCCGCCUCGGCUGCCGGUGGCAUCGAUACGGAGGUCAUCAUUGCCGGCCUGACCAACAUCUACUCCAGCUACACCGUCACGCCCGAGGAGUACCAGGCGCAGCGCUAUGAGGCCGCCUCCACAAUAUUUGGCCCGCAUACGCACACCAUUUACAUGGACGUCUUCGAGCGCCUGACCAAGGCGAUGAUGCACAACCAGACUGUGGACGCUGGACCCAGUCCUCCCUAUAUGAACGAUGUGAUGCUCUCCUUGAAUACCGGCGUGCUGUUCGACGGUCAUCCCAUUGGCACUGACUUUGGCUAUGUGAAGACCCAGCCCCAUAAGCAAUACGGCAUCAAUGACACCGUCAGAGUCACCUUUAUUUCGGGCAAUCCGCGCAAUAAUCUCUUCACGGAGAAGACAUACUUUUCGGUGGAGCGGAAGAUCAACGAGGAUCGUUGGAAGAUUACCUACACGGAUGCCAGCUGGGAGACAAAAAUGGUCUGGCAUCGCACGAACACGAUUCUCGGCUUCAGUGAGCUGGAGAUCAUUUGGAACAUCAGUCCCCAGACCCUGCCGGGCGAGUAUCGCAUACGGCACACUGGAGAAUACAAGUAUAUAUUAGGUGGGAAGUACCCCUACGAGGGGCUGACGCAUUCCUUUACUGUCACCGAGGAUUAAUUGUCCCCAGUUGAUCAGUCCAAACUAAUCAGUGUAUUUAUUUACCACGCAUAAAUGAUGAUGAAAAGCUUUAUAUUCUAAACACUAAUCAAUUGAAUGCCAAAUUUUUUAGAACUUAAAUAAAAUGAAUACGAAAA